AAUGCUUUCAAACAUGUGGUGGUUCAUUUGUUUCCUAAUUUCCUCCUUCAUUUUCACUGCUCAUUCUUACAAUAACAAUUGCCUUCAUCAUCAGGAAAUUCUGUUGCUUCAACUCAAGCAUGAGUUGAUUUUUGAUUCUUCUCUUUCGACAAAACUGGUGCGAUGGAAUGAAAGUGAAGAGUGCUGCAAGUGGCACGGUGUGGAAUGUGAUCCUUCUGGCUAUGUCGUUAGUUUGCAGCUCGAUGAUGAGGCCAUUUCUGGAGGAAUUGGGGAUUCGUCGAGUCUCUUCAGAUUUAAAUAUCUGAAGAAGCUCAACCUUGCCUACAAUGACUUCAACUACACUCAUCCAUUUCCAAAAGGUAUUGGCAAUUUCACUUAUUUGACGCACUUGAAUUUGUCAUAUGCCGGUUUUGGUGGGCAGGUUCCGGUUGAAAUUUCAUCCUUGAUGAGAUUGGUUAGUCUCGAUAUCUCCAACUAUGAUUGCUCGACACCCGACACCCGGAGAGUGUCUAAGUCUUGAGAAUCCAAAUCUGGAAAUGCUUGUUCGGAAUCUAACAGGGCUUAGAGAACUCUAUCUUGAUUGUGUCAAUAUUACCUCCUUUCAUGAAAGGAAAAAAUGGAGCCACAUUGUUUCAUCAUAUUUACCCAACCUCACCUCUUUGAGCUUGUACUAUUGUAAUCUCUAUGGCCCUUUGUCUAAUUCCUUUUGGAAACUCCAUUCCCUUUCUAUUCUUCGACUAGAUUAUAAUGAUCUUUCAACAGUAAUGAUGCCGGACUUGAUUGCCAGUUUUCCAAGUUUGACCGUCUUAAGUCUUUAUAACUGCAGUUUGAAGGGUUCAAUUCCAUCCACCUUGGCUAACCUAACCAAACUGAUUCAUGUCAAUUUGGCAUAUAACUUCUUGACAGGCUCACUUUCUUCUACGUUGUUCAAAGGUCAUUCCAAUCUGGUUUAUUUACAUUUAAGUUAUAAUUCUUUCUAUGGUAACAUUCCUCACUCUCUAUAUGAUCUUCCUUCACUGCUGGUACUUCGUCUUAGUUACAACCAAUUUAAUGGCACUUUUCAACUAGACAAGUUUCGGAGCCUUCCCAAUCUCACAUUUCUUGGUCUAUCCGGCAAUAGCUUGUCAGUAGAUGUUGGCAACGCCAAUUCAAGUUCAUAUGGUGGUCUCCAUUUAAAAAGGUUAGGCCUAGGUUCAUGUAACUUGUCCCAUUUUCCUGAUCUCAUCAAACAUAUGGAUCUAGAAAUGUUGAGUCUCUCAAAGAAUAGUAUUGCAGGGGAGAUACCUAGUUGGAUUUGGGGAACACAACUUACGCGUCUAGACCUCUCAUUUAAUCUUCUAACAGAUUUUCAAAAGCCUUACCAUAUUCCUUCUUCUCUUUUGUUCCUAUACUUGGACUCUAACCAGUUGAGGGGCGAGUUACAGUUGCCUAUUCCACUUGAAUCUGAACUCUGGUACUUGUUUAUUGCUAAUAAUAGUUUAAAUGGAUCAAUUUCAACUUCCCUUUGUAAUGCCACACAACUCGAUAUUCUUGACUUGUCUGGAAAUAAAUUAAGUGGCAGCAUUCCCCCUUGCCUACUCCAAAAUGUUAUUGGGCUUGAUCUGAAUCAAAACAACAUCAACGGCAGCAUUCCAGAUCAUUUUCCUUUGGAUUGUAAGCUACAAUAUUUGGCGCUUAACAAUAAUAGUAUAGAAGGGAGGAUCCCAAAAUCUCUCAAAGGUUGUAUGUCGCUGGAGUUCAUGGACAUUGGGAACAACAAAAUCAACGAUACGUUCCCAUGCAUGCUAUCAUCCACAUUGAAAGUUUUUGCUUUGCACUCCAACGGAUUCCAUGGUGAAGUGACAUGUAACGUGGCCUCACCAGAGCUUCGAAUUCUAGAUAUAUCUUCAAAUAAUUUCUGUGGACGUCUGGAAUCAAUAAACUUCUCUAGUUGGAAGGGAAUGAUGCAAUGGAGUUCUGCACAAUCGUAUGAAGUUGGAGUGAUAUUAAUCAUGAAAGGCAUAAAGUUAAAACUUGAAAUGAUUUGGCCAGAAUUUGGUAGUAUUGAUGUUUCUUGCAAUAACUUCAUAGGAGAGAUACCAAAGGCAAUUGGCGAUCUUACCUCACUUCAUCAUCUCAACUUGUCUCACAAUGCCCUCAACGGAAGCAUCCCUCAGUCAUUUGGCCACUUGAGUGAGCUAGAAUCACUUGACCUCUCCGUGAACGAACUAACAGGGCCAAUACCGAUGUGGCUAGGAGAACUCACAUUCCUUGAAGUGAUGAAUCUAUCUUACAAUAAGUUGUCCGGAGAGAUCCCAAAAGGCCGUCAAAUUCAAACAUUUUCAGCUGAAUCCUUUGAAGGAAAUCUAGGCCUAUGUGGUUUCCCUCUCAACAAAAGCUGCAGUCAUACUGAUGACAAUUACAAUGGAUUAACACCAGGAGAGCAUGAAGAUGCUGAAGAGAAGAGGGAGAUUGAGUGGGAAUACGUAUCAGCUGCACUUGGAUACAUUGUGGGUGUUGGGAUCAUUUUGUGGCUACUUCUAUUUUGCAGAAGCUUCAGAGAGAAAUAUUUCGGCAAAAUAGAAGAAGUUGUUGAAGACAUAUUCAUUGCCAGAGACAUGAGGAGAAGGCGUGCAAGAAUGGCUGCCAGGAACCGAGUCAGGAGACACUAGUGUUGAACAGGAGGAAGAGCAGCAACCAGGAGGAACACAAGAAGAGCGCCAAAAGGAAGAGUGCCGGCGAAGAUUACCAAAUGCAAGGCGUAUUCUUUAGUCUUUUGUUUUAUUAUGUUUUGUUUUGUUUUAAAUUGAGUCGGGCUUAAAGCCCCGAUCGGGUUUUCUUUGCGGUUCUUUCCCGAAUAGACUAGGAGGUCGAACCUUAUAGGUUAGGUUUAAUACAUCGUCAGUUUCAUUAUUCCAUAAGAAAUCUAAUAUCAAUAUAUUAUUUUUUAUC